ACCUCUAGCGCUUUCAAUCCUCUGCUUUACUUCCAAUUACUUAACAUACUCCUCCACCUUAACCGUUGGUAACAUUUGAAUUCACCUCCUUUUUCGGGUCCAAAGAACCAAUCCAAGAUCCUCAAAGAUGGGUUGUACAGAAUUUUUAAGGGAAGACUUGUAGAGGAUAAUCCAUGGGGUUCCGACACGUUUAUAUGACUCGCAGGGUAUUUCUCAGAACACGUGGUUUUGAAAGAAUAUUUUGUCGGAAUCCUCCAUUUCUAACGUCCUCUUCAAGAGAUUUGACUCUAAAAUCAGAAACUUGGGUGCCUGAAAGAGCGAAAAAUAGAGAGGGUUAUUGAGAUUGACCGGUGGGUGAACGGAAAGUCUGAGUUUUCCGGGUGAAUGAUGAACCAAAAUUCAAAAGACUUGCUACCACCUGGCUGGACUGUGAAAGUCAAAGUGAGGAAGAGUGGCAAAAAGGAUAAGUAUUAUUUUGAACCCUCAAGUCAAAUGAGAUUUAAUUCUAGGGCAGAGGUGUUUAGAUACCUCAAAACUGCAGCUAUCUGUCAUCCUGAAUCUGAAGAGAGCAGAACCGUCAAGGAACCAGGGAACAAUGUGGAAGUUAAGAAGACUAUAGCAAAAGAUUUACCUACUGGAUGGAUCGGAGAAAUCAGAGAAACGAAGACUGCUAACAGAAUAAGAAGAGAUUCAUCUUACAUUGAUCCAGUAAAUGGAAAUGCACUUCGUUCAAUAAGGGAUGUACAUCGGUAUCUAACAAGUGGCAAGGUGAGCCGAUUAACACAUAAAUCAAGGAACCAGAGAGACAACAACAUUGAGUUUCAACAUGAUGAAAUCUCUUCACCUGUUGUCUCCAAGAAAGAGGUGCUAACUAUUGGCAAAGCAAGGAGACAGAUUAUAUGGAGUGAGAACACAUCAGAACCCAGUGAAAUGGUGGAUGGUGAAGCUAUGUUUCCAAAUGCUAGUGUUGGAGAAACCGUGCUGUUUCCAAUACCUGACCCAAGCCUUGGAGGGAUAAGUGCUAAGCCACAUUGCUCAACUCCAACAGAUGCAAAAGGUCUCAAGCAAUCAGAUGGAAAGAACGAUAUUUCUGAAAUUGUGUUGACACCUAAAGAAUUUAUCCAACACAAGUGCCCAAUCGAAAAUGGAGCAACAAAGGGUGAGAGUAGAAAGAGACAAAGGAAAACUAACGACAUAAACUUGCCACGCCGUGCUUCAAAACGACUUGCAGGUCUCCAAGCUGAGCCAGUGCUUCAAGUUAAGACAGGUCGCCGAGCACGUUCAGUUGCAUGUGAGGAGUCUGAUAAGCAAGUAGCCAGCACAACGAAGUUGGUGGCAUUUCAAUGUCCUGAGAAUCCCGAUGUAAAGCAUAAAACAAACAGCACAGCUGACCCUUCUAAAAUUAACACAAGUCCAGAUUCAGGUGGAAAAGCACAUAUUUGUGUCGACUUGUCCAUCGUUAUGAAGAUGAAAUCUGCGGAUGCAUAUGAACAGCAACCAAAACCUGAAUCCUCUCUGCCUCCAGAGGACGUUCUGGAAAAGCAUGUAGGCAUGGUGGAAAUUGAAGAUAAGGCCAAUGUUAAAAAACAAGGCCCUCUUCUUAAACUGCCGAUGGAGGACUUAUUGACUGAUCCUUGCAUUGCAUUCGCAGUUAAAACACUUACUGGGGACGUUUUGGAUGCAUCCAUAAGCUCAGAUGCAUCACUCACGCCAAACCAUGUUGAUCCUUUCACUCCCUUUACUCCAAAUGAGAGGUGUAACUCAGGACCAGAAAACAAGCUUAAUGAGAAAGUGGCAUGUCCAGAACUUCCUGUUGCUCGAGUUGGGAAAGUCGAAAAUAAUGUUGAGAAGCUAAAAUCAACUCUGGAGUUGCCAGUUGGUGAAAUAUUUUCAGACCCUUGUAUAGAAUUUGCCAUUAAAACUCUAACCGGUGAAAUCCCACUCGACAACAAUCGGGAUAUUGAGGAUUACUUUUACCAAUUUAGCACGUCAAAAACAGAAAAAACUAAUGAAAAUGCCUCAGAUCAGCCUGGUUUGGAUUAUUUCUGCAAGACUAAUGUUAGCCAGAAGCAGCAGGCUAUCCAAGCACUGGGUGCAUCUCCUAAGAUUAACUUCCAAACCUGUGGAACAGGUUUGCACCACCAAGAAAGGAACAGAAACGAGUUCCAAAGGCACUAAUACCAACUUCAUAAAAUGUACAGUUUUGGUUGGCAGCAUAGAAAAGAAAAAAAAAAAAGUUUUUCUUCUUGUGUACCUUUCCCUUUUUCAUGUUAUAUUUACUAGUUUUUCAUGUUAUAUUUACUAGUUUUGUUAGUUGUGGUCAGGCAACCCUCUUUUGCCCAAGUUUUGUACCUUACCACAUGGGCAACUUAAUGUGCUGUAUGCUACAAACAGGACUUGAUUUUGACUUAGUUCUAAGUUACCUUCUGUUA